AUGUCAAUGGCAGAUGGCUUCGCACGAAUAACAGGAAAGCCGCAAUGCGUUAUUGUACAUGUUGACGUCGGCACUCAAGCACUGGGCGUGGCUGUUCAUAAUGCCUCCGUUGGCCGUGCGCCUGUCCUCGUCUUUGCUGGCAUGUCCCCAUGCACCCUGGAAGGAGAGCUGCCUGGUUCUCGGACAGAAUUUAUUCAUUGGCUUCAAGAUGUUCCUGACCAGAAAGCAAUACUUGGACAGUACUGCAGAUACGCUGCCGAAAUCAAGACGGGAGUCAAUAUUAAGCAAAUGGUCAACCGGGCCUUACAGUUUGCAACAAGCGGCCCUCAAGGCCCGGUGUAUCUCUGUGCAACAAGGGAAGUCCUAGAGACGGAGAUCAAGCCAUAUCAAGUCCAACAAGAUCAAUGGGAGCCUGUCGAGCUAGGCGGCCUUACGGACAGAAACGCAGCCAAGAUUGCAGAGGCGUUGGCCACAGCGGACAAACCUCUCAUCGUCACGGGGUAUUCUGGUCGCAAUCUUCGAGUUCCGACUGCUUUAGUCAAACUGGCAGAUAUCGUGAAACCACUUAGGGUAUUGGACGGGUCGGGAAGCGAUAUGUGCUUCCCUGCUCACCACCCGGCUUGGCUGGGCGUGAGGAUCGGCGCUCACGAAGCUAUUGAGGAGGCGGAUGUGAUCAUAGUUCUAGACUGCGAUGUGCCAUGGAUUCCCACAAGAUGUCGGCCAAAAGAGGAUGCAAAAAUAUUCCACAUUGAUGUAGACCCGUUGAAACAGCAAAUGCCCUUGUUCUACAUCCCUGCUCAGGGUCGGUAUCGAGCAGAUUCCUUGGUUGCACUAGAGCAGAUCAUUCAGAAGUUGACGACCGGGGAAGUAGCCAGGACCAUGGCCGAGAAGGAUGAUGCUGCCGCUGAGGAGACACGACAAGCCUCGUAUACCAAGUUUUUGACACAAAUAUCGGACGCCGCAAGGCCCUUCGCAGACGGCAGUUUUGGGACAGGCUAUUUAUGCAAUGUUCUCCGUCGAGUUUGUCCAAAGGAAACAAUUUGGGCAGUGGAAGCUGUGACUAACACCGGCUUCAUCCACGAUAAUAUUCAACCAACAAUACCCGGCUCAUGGAUCAAUUGCGGCGGUGGAGGCUUAGGGUGGUCCGGUGGUGGUGCUUUGGGGAUCAAGUUGGCAUCAGACGAGCAAGCUGGUGGAAGCUGCAAAGGAAAGUUCGUUUGCCAAAUAGUUGGAGACGGCACAUAUCUCUUCUCCAUACCAGGCAGCGUAUAUUGGAUCUCUAAGCGGUACAAUAUUCCCGUAUUAACCAUCAUUCUCAACAACAAUGGUUGGAAUGCGCCCCGGAAAUCCUACAUGUUGGUACAUCCUCAUGGAGAAGCGGCAUCGGCGACAAACGAAGAGAUCAAUAUCUCCUUCUCUCCAUCUCCAGAUUACGCAGGCAUUGCUGCUGCUGCAGGCAGCGGAGACAUUCACCCCUUUAAAAUUACCCAUGCCGACGAACUUGACUCAAUUUUGCAGCGAGCGGUUGCAAAGGUUCAAGGAGGCCAGACAUCUGUUGUCGAUUGUAAAGUUGCACUUGACUGUUGA